AUGGACACCAUGUCUCAUGAUGAAUCAUCGUUGGCUGUGCCUCUCCUUGUUGAUAAGGAGCAACACGGGCUAGGAUAUAAACUGGGAGAUGUGGAGUCAAAUUCCAGUUAUACAAGUACAGGCACCACAUCUUCUUUCAAGACUGUUUUCCACGGACUAAAUGCUUUGUCAGGAGUUGGGAACCUUUCAAUUCCAUACGCACUAUCAUCUGGAGGAUGGUUGAGCUUGAUCCUCCUCUUUGUUAUCUCUAGUGCAGCCUUUUACACAGGCUUAUUGAUCCAAAGAUGUAUGGAUGUGGAUUCCAAUAUCAGAACUUAUCCUGAUAUAGGCGAGCGUGCUUUUGGUAACAAGGGAAGACUCUUGGUAUCAGUUGUCAUGUAUACAGAACUCUACUUAGUUGCAACAGGAUUUCUCGUUCUUGAAGGGGAUAAUUUACAGAAUUUAUUUCCUAACAUGGGACUUGAAGUGGCAGGGUUUGAAAUAGGUGUAAGACAAAGUUUUGUUAUAAUUGUGGCCCUUCUUAUUUUGCCUACGGUUUGGUUGGAUAACAUAAGCAUUCUUUCUUAUAUCUCUGCCAGUGGGGUUUUAGCUUCUGCUAUCAUUCUUUUCUCCAUUUUUUGGACUGGUGCAUUUGAUGGAGUUGGAUUUGAGGAAAAGGGAACGCUAGUAAAUUGGCAUGGAAUCCCUACAGCAAGAGGCAAAUGCCGGCCGGUAGCUGAACUUUUCUUGGAAGUUCAAGGUAACAAGUAG